CGACUCGUGCGUCCAUCCUCCGCUCAAAAUGUUCCGACUAUUCUUCGGAAUAUUCCUGCUGUUACCAACAAUAAAUACCAACGAAUUGCAAGAUCUCGCCGAGAAUUUCUUUGAAAACUUAGAAAUCCAUCUAAAAGCUGGACUUCCGGCGGACGAAUCGAUCGUCUUCACCGAUAAGCAGGUGGAAAAUUUCGUCGAUUUGAUAAGGACGCGACAGCAUGCGGGCGGCGAGGAAAAGCGUACCAAGCGUCAGAUUGUCGAGACCGCUAACGAUGGAAACUACGCGGUGCAUAUACUGGAAGGUGUAACACCCAUAGAGAAAAUUCCGGUAAAAAGCCCGAAAGAUAUCCAAUUAUUCCAACAUUUUACCAAUCAAUCGAAUACCUGGUAUGCUGCUGCACUGCAGGAUAACGACAAACUUCGAAUUUUCAAACACAAUGGGCAUGAAUUUCAUCAACUUCAUCAGCGCAAAGUCCAUGCGGCAGUACGUCUCGCCGUAUUCACAACCCCCACCACAGGUACCUUCAUUGUUGUGGCGGAAAACACCACACGAUCCGAUUUCUACGAAAAAACCGCCGUCUACCGCUUGGCAUUGAAUGAAAACUUGGAGAAAGUUCAAAACUUGCAUCUUGACUACGCGACGGAUAUCUCAAUUUGGAGUGAUACGAAUGAGAUUUUCAUGGGUAUAGUUCAACAGUACAAAGAAGCCGAGUCCAAAAAAUUAAGUUGCGGAGCGCAGAGUAUGAUCUAUAAGUGGCUGGGUGGUCAUUUUGAUAUGAUCCAACACAUAAACACAACAUGUGCCGUUCGGUUGACACCAUUCACAAUCGGGAAAUCACGUUUUAUUGCAAUUGCAAAUCAAGGAGAUGAUGGUACCAGUGAUACCUUCUCCGAGAUUUUCAAAUAUGACUUAGCAAAGGAGAAGUUUGUUUCGUAUCAGAAAAUAGCAACAAGGGGAGCUAAUGAUAUUAAAUUCUUCGGGUUUAGAAGCACGGCAGGACCAGAAAGGAGUCAGGAUUAUUAUAUUGUCAUAGCUAAUAUGUAUUCUAAAGAUGAAACUGAUGUAAUUGAUUACAAUGUCAAAUCAAUUGUGUACAAGUAUGUCGAAGGAUAUUUCCUACCCUUUCAAAGUUUUGAUUUACCAGCGGUUACCGAAUGGCUACCAGCAAUCGGUUCCGGUGAAGAAUUUGUCUUAUUGGCAGCUUCAAAAUUCGAAGGACUCAAAACCUACCAAUACAACGGAUGGAAAUUUCAACCCACAGCUAAUCAGUACACUCACUCCGCAUUUUCUCCAGGCAUACAGUCUCUACACUCAUACAACUAUAAAGGCAAAAAUGUCAUCGUGGUGGCAAAUCCUCAACACAACGACAACAAUAUUUUCGAAUUACAUUUCAAGUUACAAAAUCAAGUCAACGAACACUACAAUACGCUUUUAAAUUGGUGCCAUUCGGCUAAAGAACUUUUCACAGGAAAUUCCAAAACUAAACGUAAUACAAACACAAUGGGUUUACGGGCUGUGGAAGCUGAUCUAAGCAACGAUAAAAAUCACGAAAAUAAUCUUGCAUUCCUAGAAUUACAGUUGGAGAAUCAACAACAACAAAUCGAUUCAAUCGAAAACAAAUUAAACGGCUCCAUGCAAUCAGGAAAAGAAAUUCUAAUAAUUCCCGAUAAUAUUCUAGUUAGAAAUGUCAUCAUUAAUAAUGAAGUUCUCUUCAAUGAAUUAAUUGGGGAAUCAUUAAACGAUUUGAAUAUCAUUGCGUUUUUAUCAGGAAUUGUACCAAUUGAGCAUCCGAUGGAGAAAAAUAUAGAAAGAUUAGAACUGCAAGCAGGAACUAUUGAAAACUUUAUCACCGCAGGUCUUAGAAAUAUCAACGGACGACCACAGGAAGACCUACUUCAUAAAAACGUUGAUAAUUUAGUAGUCAACGACUUAGUCAUUAAUGGUAAUUUUUGGGUGACGAAUCUCCAAGUGAAAGGACUUCUAAACGGAUUACAAUUCAACACCACGAAUGUUUUACUCCGAGAAGGCGAUCAAUUCUUCCUGGGAAAUUUAUCAACGCAAAAUUUGAUUGCUGAUAAUGUAACAGCGAAAUUCUUGAAUAAUCUGAAUCUGCAUAGUCAACCACAACAGGCGCAACGCACACCAGUUAAGAUAUUUGAUGUGGAUACCUUGAGAGUUAAACAUCUUACCAUUGCGGAAUACAUGAAUAAUGUUGACCUUCCGACUUUAAAUAAAUUCGCACUUAAAACAAGCGGAAAUCAAGAAAUCACAGGCGACUAUAUCUUCAAUGAAUUAUCUGUGAAAGACUUCCAAACUCAGAAAUUAAAUAACAUUUCAAUUCCCGAAGAUUUAGUGCGUAUUGACAAAGGGGAAUAUUUCAUCAAUCAAGAUGUUAAGCUAGAGCAUGAUUUACAGGCACAAAAUCUGCAAGUCCGUGAAAGUUUGAAUAAUAUUAUAGUACUAGAAAAUGGCGAAUUAGAUGUGCUCAGAAAGAAUACAACAGAAAUGCAAUUCAUAGAUGGUAAGAAAACUAUUGAAGAAGUGGAGUUGCUCAAGCCAAUGUUGCUACAAGGUAAAAUCGACAGCAAAAGCAUGCAGAAACUGAAUCCGGUCACAAAAAUAUCCGAACCCAUGGAAUUUGUCGGAGAUUAUUUCAUGUCGGGACUAGUAACAAUAGAAGAUCAACUCUUAACGCCUGAUUUAGGAAGUGAACACUAUUCAAUAAGUAAUUUAAAGCAAAAUGGAUUGAAACUAACAGAAGAGCAAGUGCCAGUUCAUCUUAACUUUGCCCAACAAUUAAAUACCGAUGAGAUAUUUGCGGAAAAAAUCAACGAUAUAGAUACACAUCGUUGGGUGGUGAAUGGCCAAGAUGAUGCGCAAUAUAUCAAAGGAUGGAAGACUUUUAACGGAGAUCUCACCAUUACAGGAGAUACAAAUAUUCAAACUGUAAAUCAAAUUACUCUGUCAAACCUAUUUGAUAAUGUGCUAACAGUAGAUGGGGAUCAGAUCAUUACCGGAAAACAUGAAUUCAAGACCAUCGUAGCUGGAACCAUAAAAAGUCCACAUAUUACUUUGCAAUCUCAACACACACUCGAAGAGAUGUUGACACAGGAUAUUCAACAAGAUAUGGGUGACGUUUUUAUUGGACAGCUAUCAAUCGAAAACUUGAAAGUCGGAAAUGUGGAAGUACAAGGGCGGUUUAAUGGAAUUCCGGUAAUUCCAAUGUUAGAAGAUACUUUGUUCAAGGGGCAAAACGCCAAAGUCAGAGGUCCGAAAACAUUUGAAAAUGUGACGAUUGAAACAUUGUUGUCACGGAAAAGUAUCAAUAUGAACCGUAUUCCUAAUUUGAUCAAACGUGGCGAGGCAAUAACAGGAAGUGAUGCUAGUUUCGAGCUUCCAGAAGGCAUCCGAGUUGAAAACAUUAAAUUCGGCAAAUUUUUAAAUAACAUGUCUGUAGAAAGUUUCGCAAAUAAUUGGUUAAAUGGAAAUUCAGCGCAGACGAUUGUUGGUGAUCAGAGUUUCGACAAGGUGGUCGUCUUCGGCAAUUUACUGAUUGAUAGCAAUCAGAUAAAUCAACUGAACUUACGUCACCUAGUAGAAGACACUGUCAAGAUUAACGAGGACCACGAAUUUGAAAAAGUAACUUUUGAUCAAUCCGUGACUUCGUUAACAAGGAUAGAUCUACAGGGUCAUAUAGAAAAUUUAGACAUUAACAACAUCGUUGCUGAUGGAGGUGAAGAAAUUCAGACGGAUACGCUAACAUUCAAAGAAUCAGUCAUUCUAACCACACCCGCAGACCUGACUGGCACUAUCAAUCAUUUCAACUUCCGCCACUUGUGUGAAUAUUCAGAACCAUCUGCAAAUGAACCACGUAAAACUCUGAUUCUCCAACAUAAUGCAAACAUGAUGAAAGCUCCAAUCAUCAAAAAUAUUAACGGGAAAGAUAUGAAAACAUUAGAAACAACGGUUUGGUACUGUGAUCAACCUGGUAACAUCACCGCUGACCUGAAAGCCGAAACAAUCAGCUUCCUCGAUGAUGUAACUGUAGAAGGAGACGUUGCGGAGACAAACUUGUAUUGGUUGCGGGACAACUAUUUCAGCAAGACUUCCAAUCAGACGAUAAUAGCAAACAUCAACUUCCAAGAAGGUGUCUCAAUCAAGGGAAAUUUACAUGCGCCCACAGGAAAAAUUCCAUCAAUCAACGAUGUAAACUUAAACGACUUUAUUCGAACGUCCAUUCUGCAAGGAUGGGACCAAACCUUCGAGGAACCACUUCUUAUCGAAGCAAUAACCGUGAAUGACAUCCAAGGUGACUACCGUGUAAAUGGUCUUAAUUUACAAACGGAUGUCAUGCGUUAUGAUGCGGAAAAUAUUGUUACUGGUAAAGUAACAGUGGAUGAUCUCGAAGUUGAUGUCUUAAGCACUGAGAGGGACUUCAAAGUACAAAAUGUUGAUUUGAAACAAUGGACUAAAGACGGUGUACUAAGAUCAGGGAGCUAUAAAAUAGAAGGUCGAAUAAUCUUUGAAAAUGAUACAAUUUUCGAGAAAGGUAUAGGUUUGACUGGUUUGUUAAACAGGAAAACAUUUACCGAAGAUAAAGUCAUGCUAAAGUCAAGAGCACAAACCAUCACAGGGCGUAAAACUUUCAUUACUUCACACGAUAAUAUUCCACAUUUCAACGAUAUAAAAUUCAAGGGACUUAUUAACGGUGUUAAAUUUUCGGAUUUGGUGGAGAACCAAGCAAUGAAAACAACUGAUAAUACUUUUGCAAAUACCAUUGAUUUCCAUACGAAUUUAACUGCACAAAAUGUUAAUUUUGAAGGACUUUAUCGAGGAGUGAAUAUUAAACAACUGUUGGAUAACUUGACAACCAACGCUUUCGUUGAAAACUACUACGAAAAUUAUGAUAAACUACGAGAUGCUUCGCGAGCUGUUAAGAAAUCAUUAAGUAACCAAGCACACUAUUUGAAUCACUUCCGUGAAUUGAUAAACUUCCGAACUCUCUUGGAUCUUGUACCAAUGAGGAGUGUCAAAGGAGAUUUACACCUUGCAACGCUCAGACAAGACAAUCACAGCUACAUCAUGGACUUUUUCAAAUGGAUUCCAAACCCAGGAGUCUUCUCAAUCGAUACAGCCAUGCGAGAAAUCAUUUAUCACGAACCAAUCACCAACUGGGCACCAUUAGAAUACAAAUACGGGACGUACCUCUAUGUAGAAAUGAGGAAUUACGAAAAUACUGAACAUAGUCAUGUGGGGUAUAUUAUGAGCAACCAGAACACAAGUUCAUAUGAAAUUAACAUGGAUAUUCCCAAUAAUGGUACUCGAAAAGUUCUGCCGCUGUUUUUACCGAACGUACAGAAAACUUGUGUAUUACUGGUACAUGCAACGAGUAAUAACAUGGAUAUUUAUUGCAAAGGAGAAUUUAAAAUGGAACUACACCAAAGUCUACCGAUAGUCAACGCAUUACAAGUCGAAGUGGCUGAUUAUCCCAAUCGACUGGAAAUCCACGCAAUAGAAAAAAUAUCUGCGGUGGUUAUUUGGAGGUAUGACGAGCACACAGAGUUAUUCAACGAAGAACAACGAAUUUUCACGUCGACACCCAUCAGUAUAUCAUCAGUGAAACAUAAUGAUGAUGAAUAUUUAGCUGUGGCGAGUGGACAUCUUGUUAAUACCAUGUAUUCCGGACAAAUUGACAUCAAAAAAUAUGAUCAUGAUAUGAAACAAUACACUGAUUGGCAAGUGUUCAGAGCAAGUGCUCCAUUACAAGUGCAUCUUUCAGUCCUGCCAAGCAAUGAAUUAUUUUUAUAUGUCUUGAGGAAUAGCCCAACAGACAUGCUUCAAGUGUAUGAGUACACUGGCAUUGGCAAGUUUGCUUCAGUAGGCACAAUUUCUUCUCUAGAGUUUUGUAAUUCUAUUCAUCCAUUCAGUUACACAUGGCAUGACAGUGAACACAAAAUUCAGGAACAUUUUAUUAUUGCCAAGUGUAAUGGUGUAGUGAAUGUAAUUCAUAGUAUGUUUAAAAGUUGAAUAGUUUUAUAUUUUAUGUUAUGUUUUUAAUGUUUAUUGUUUAAAUGUUUGCAAAAUAAUGUGAAAUAAACUCACCUAAUGAA